AGACUUGAAACACGGUUUAGUCUUUAUAUAAACUUUAAACAGAUUUGACCUCUUUUAAUAUUUUUGUAGGAAAUUAAAUUCAACAUUUUCUUUAAACAAAAUGAAGAUUUUCUUUUUUAUAACCGUUUUCUUUGUUAUUGCUUCAAUUAACGCUUUACCAUCAACAACAAGGGAAAAGCGUCAAUCAAAUACAUUCCAAUCGUGUUUUGAUGCCUGCAAAGAUUUCACAACAAGAGAAUACAAUCCAAUUUGUGCUUCUGAUGAUGUAACUUAUAAUAAUCGGGGUGCUUUUAAUUGUGCCCAACGUUGUAAUGAAGCUUUAACUAUUUCAUUUUUUGGUACUUGCCAACCUUUGUAAAGAAAACCUUUUUUAUACAUUAAUUUCAAACUCCUAAUUAUGUGUUAUAUGGAAAUAUUGAAUUUUAUGGAAAUAAAUUGAUAAAGUAAAAGAGAA